UGGGCAUCCCAGGCUGGCAGGAAGUUUCAGUGAAAGCCCUCCUAUUCUAGGUGCCCUCGUCCAUCCCAAAGCCCCCCAAAGCAGGCGGGAAAGGGGCUGUGCCGUGGGAGUAGUCAGGCUAGAGCUGUAGGACGUUCAUCAGCCCACAGAGCCCGGACACAGAGAGGCAACAAAGUGCGAGCCCCAGUGAGAGCGCAGCAACAUCCCGGGCAGAAAGGGAAAGAGACAGCAGAUGGCUGGGGAUUAGACAGUCUCAUUAACCUUGUGCGGAGGGCGAGGCUCUGACUGUCAACUGACGUCUCUCCUCCCCCCACUGGGCUUGUCUUGCCCUGCCCGGACUGCAGAGAUCCGGAGAGACAGCUCCAAAAGGGAAAGAGACAUCCUAUCUGGCUAAAGGAGCCCUAACUCCUGGCUGGAGAGGAGCAAGAAGGAGCUAUAGAAGGGUCGCGGUGACAGGGUGGAAGUAAAUGCAGGAGGCGUACGGAGCAGGCGAGCAGAAACUGAUGAGGAUGGAGAGGAGGGGGGCCUCCCUGUGGCAUGUGGGCGCCUACCCCCUCCUCAGCUAGAGGUGUGUGAGAGUUGGAUAGAACAUGUAUAGUCCUUAGGAGGAAAGGAAAGUUCCAACAAGACUGCUGUCCCACCGCAGAUACGACAGGCAGGAAAGGGGAAUGAAGAAAGAUGGCGGAUCAAAGCCAAAUUCAGUCAUCUGCUUCCAAAAGUAUCCGGCCUUUCCGCUCCAGCGAGGAAUACCUGGAGGCCAUGAAGGAGGAUCUGACAGACUGGCUAAAUAUGUUGUAUGACCUAGACAUGGAGGCUGGCACAUUCUUGGAAUCACUUGAGACAGGCUACAUUCUGUGCCAGCAUGCCAAUAAUCUCAACCAUCUAGCAAGAGACUUCCGUCAGCAACAUCCUGAAAUUGCUGCUGGCAUGAGGAUGCCCCAGAAGGAGGUGGUAUUUCAGGUUAAGGGAGCAGUUCCAGGCUCUUUUGUGGCAAGAGACAAUGUAUCUAACUUCAUUGCUUGGUGCAGGCAAGAGCUUGGCAUACCAGAGGUGCUCAUGUUUGAAACAAAUGACAUAGUACUACGGAAGGGGGAAAAGAGCUUUGUACUGUGCCUGUUGGAAGUGGCCCGCAGAGGGGCACGGCUGGGCAUGCCUGCACCCACCCUUAUUCAGAUGGAGGAGGAAAUAGAGGAAGAGCUUAGCCGUGGAAAGACAGGCAAUGAGCAAGGACGUUACCCACCAAGGCCGUUGAUUGCACGGCCUGUUCUUACCCUGUGUGACCUUAAAAACCUUGAUGAACUGGUCCGUGAGAUUUUGGGCUGUUGUCGAUGUCCCUCUCAGUUUCCAAUGGUCAAAGUGUCAGAAGGGAAAUACCAAGUUGGAGACAGUAACACUCUGAUAUUUGUGCGAGUGCUGCGCAGUCAUGUGAUGGUGCGAGUUGGAGGAGGUUGGGACACCCUUGAACAUUAUCUGGACAAGCAUGACCCAUGCAGAUGUCAGUCAACCUCCCAUCGCAUGGGGGCAUCCCGUCCCUCUACCUUUUCUCCACAACGAGUUUCUAACUUUACCCCACCAAGAAUCUCUAGUCCAUCUCAGGGUCGCAGGUCUGAGGCAGUCUCCAGAAAUUCUCAACAGCAAGACAAUAUUCCCUUGAAAGGAACCGCCUCCCGUUCCACCCCAGCACCUAUAACCAAUCGAAGCAACACACCAAGGGUUUCAGCCCCACAAAAAGAACGUCCAGGGCAUCGGAGCAUUAACUCUUUUAGGCCUCCUCGCUCUCGCCGUUAUUCUGGUGACAGUGACUCUUCUGCCUCCUCUGUUCAGAGUGCCCCUGCAGGUAGAAAAUCAGGUGAAGCCAUGAGAACUGGACCCCGUGCCCCUGUAACUAGGAGUCAAUCUCAGGACAGAGGGCCACUACUCAGACGGACACCAGCCUCCCAGCAUCCCCUUACAGACCGUGGCAGAUCCCAGGGCCCAUCUGCAGCUGCUGCUUCUGCCAGAAGAGCAAGAAGCCAAGGGCCAUCUAGUAGCAAGAAACCUGUUCUACUUAUUACACGGGACAAAGAUGGACAGCAUUCGCUGUCAAGCCCUGCCACAUCAAAGCCUCCAAAUCCUCGUACCAACACAGAGCCCCGCAACUCUCAGCAAUUUAAACAGAUGCGGUACAAACCUGAACCUCUAAACAUUCGCGAGGAACAGCAGAUUUACCGGAGCCUGGAGAGGGAAUUUAUGGAAAACUCACGGCUCCUGGAGACCACUAAUCACUCUGGAGUAGCACAGGGAUCUGGUAUGUUACCAAACUCCCCUUCUUGUGAGCCAGCAGCUAUUGACUCUGCUUACUGCUCUUCCAGCUCUUCUUCUUCUUCACUGAACUUUUAUAUCACUGGUGGCGGAGGUAGGGAGCAGAUGCCAGAUGGACCCUCAGUAACACUUUCUACAAACUCUUGGAGGCGACUUCCAGCUCUUUCUAGCUCUUCAGAUGAUAGCUCCUGCCCCCCAGGUUCUGAUGAUGUGGAAGGAACAGCUGGGAAUGAAGAGCCAUGUAGUGGCUCUGAUCUUGGGGCAGAGGUGGAAGGAGUAACACUAAGACAAAAAAAAACCUUAAAACGACCCGAUAGGGUACCAUCAAUCUACAAACUCAAGCUACGCCCUAAGGUCCGGCCUCGGGCAGACAAUCAGCCAGAUAAGUUACCCUCUCGCAUUCCAACCCCUUUAAGUUAUAGAACAGCUGAUUCCUCACCUAAAUCUUCCCCUACACGCCGCCCUUGGAGAGUGAUGCAAGCUGUCUUCUUCUCUGACCAGUCAGGAGGACAGGGAGAGCACACGCUUAAAUGAGAGACUGGCUGAGGAUACUACAACACCACUGAAUAUGGUUUCCAAUUUUUGGUCUUUUCAGUUUGCCAGAUUCUUUUCCUGGGUUCCUACCAUUAAGGAUUUGAUUAAUUUAAGGUGUAACUGGGAAACUACUCCUGAAAACAAGCAUGCUGCAUUACAACAAAGGCUUUGAUUGCAUAUAAAAUGCCCAGACAGGGGAUCAGGAUUCCUCCGCAAUCCUUGUAUGUAUCCUGCAACACAGCAUGCUGGCUGUGGGCAUGUAGAAAUAUUAAGGCAUAUUUUCCACUAGACCAUUAAUAGAGGAUAUUGAUGUACAGUUAUAGAAUAUCGCUGCAAAAGUGGGGGAGCAUGUGAAAGAAAAAUCAUGUGCUAACCCAUUAUAUACCAUGCAAACAUGUUGUUGAGUAUAGUAAUCCUUAAUAUUUUGAGUUAGGGAGUGAUAUUCUGUUUGCAAAAGACAAGAAAGAGGCACUUUAGGGAUAGCAACCACAUUCAUAAAUAAAAGUAGGAAUUAGUUGUUUUACUGUUGCCUUUUACAAUAAGCAGCUUGUGCGCUAAGGGAAGUGGAUAUUAGUACUUGGGUUGUGGCCCAGUUGGAGAAUGGACUUUACCAGAAGGACAGCAAAGUAACUGCUUCUAGUUGGAAUCUCGUUGCACUACUGGAAUUUAUGGUGGGCCCUUGGCUACCGUUCCAGACAGCUCCAGGUUUUGGGUUUUCCUGAGUGGAUCAUUAGAACAGCUGCACCUCUUUAAGGGUGACUGUGAUUAGUGAACCAAUUCCCUUGUGCUCGUGUAAAGAGAAUAAAAAAAAAAUUGCACUAAGGGGAAUGUAGGGUUCAGAACAUCAGAGAUAUCAACACUACUGGUAAAAAAACAUGCUGUUAGUGAUUGGACAUUUAUGGAUCACCUGUACUACAAAUAUUCUACCUGCUGCAAAAUGCUAGAUGACGAUAAAAUGAUAAAUGCAUUAAGGUGGCCAUACACGUUAAGAUCCGCUCAUUUGACGAGAACAAACUAAGGUGGAUGAUUUUGGGCUAAUUCGACCGUUUGGCCCUAGGGCCAAAUGAUCAAAUUACAUAGGCGGGCAUAGGUUUCCUUGGACCAUUGACAAGCCGAUGCAGUCCCUGAUCCGGUGGAAAAUCAAACCUGCCCAAUUACCCGCAAUGGGCAGAUAAGCUGCCAAAUUGCUCUGAAUGGCCCUUAUUGGCAGCUGAAAUCUGCCCGCAUAUGACCAUAAGUCAGCAAUGGCCAACAUAGGUUUUCCAGCAGCAGAGGAAUUGGAGGCUUCAGGGAUUUGUAGUUUAGCAACAGCUAAAUAACCCAACAUUGCCUAUUACUGCAGUAGGGUCCCUACCCCUAUUCUAUUUCACAGGCCUUGUUCGAAAAGUGUGUUUUAACUGACCUGAUACAAGCAGUUUGCAAAGGAUACAUUAGCACUUACUUCAGAGGUUUAUCACCACUUAGUGCAUUUUUGUUCCCAUUAAUACUCAGGGUUUGCUUUUUUCUAUUAAAAUAAUGUUUGGGUAUCCCUUACUGUAUGGGGUAUAGUAGUAAUUUGUGCUGGAUGAAUGUUCAAGGUUUAUGCUGACUUUAUUCUAAUCCUAACACAGGGUCCUGGGAGGGGGUUAUUGCUGUCCCCGGUUUUAUCAUUUAUUUGAAUAUAAAAAGUGCUUGCAUUACACUACAAAUGAUUAUGCAAGAUGUAGUAAGGUUGUAGGCAUUGUGUUUUUCUGACACUGCUGAAUAUGGCCGCUCCCAUUAGCCAGUCAGACACUGACUGCAGUGAGGGGCACAUUGGUUAGGUGACUGCAGUUGCCCACGUCUAUCAGUGCAGUCUGUCUGUGUUGGGUUGAGGAUUGGACUUUUGCUUGCAGCUAUGGUCAAACCGUAAAAGGAAUUUUUAUGUUUGUUAAUGUUAUGAGUUAUUUUGAGAUACUGCUCUAUGCUGGAUGGGGGUGUAUGUGAUGUAUAUGUUUGUGUGUGCAGAGUACUUUUACUCAGGUAAAUAGAUGGCAGGAUCCACUACAACAAGAAUAGGCAGUGGCUUCAGGAUAUUGCUGAACUACAACUCCCAGAAGUCUUAGCCUGUGGUUCAGCAACAGCUUGAGACUGCAAGGUUACCCAGGGCUGCAUUGGGACAUGAACACUAUACAAUGUUUUGGGGCUUAUUUAUAAACAUCUGUUAAACAAAGAUGGAAGAAUUCUCCAAAACGCCAUGCUUCAUAAUGUAAAAUUACAUUUUACAUACUGAUAAAGCUAUGUCAUGAAUGGGUAGCUAAGUAUAAAAAGAUGUGGGCAAAAUGGCAAUGUUUUUAACACCACAUUGUGUACAUUUCUGGAGCGAAUCCAAUUGCUACUUUUCACUUUAUCAUAGAUUGUGUCUUGUGAUUUCAGAAAUUGUGACAGACAGUGUGACAUUAGGAAGGAGAACAACACAGCUUUAUAAAUGCCAUUUGUUUUAUACUUCUUUUGUUGGUGCGUAGUGAUAUAUAUGCUUUGUGACAGGUUUGGUUAGUGAUUUAAGCUGCCCUGCCUAACUAGGCUAACAACAUGUGCCACUGUCCUCAGAUCACCCAAAUGUGCCCUGCUUUAGUGUGCUGGGUUCACUUGGAGGGGUUUAACUUGAUGGACUCUUCAACCCUGUGUAACUAUGUAACACCAGCCAUGCACCACUGGAAUCCAUUUUCUUGCAGUUAAUCCAAAUGCCACACAAGCAUCCAACAACCCCUCUGCAUGAAAAAGAGUCACAUUGUAUCAUGAGAGACUGGAUAUGAGAGGUUAUUUGUAUGGGGUGAAAAGUUAAAAAAUUAAAAAACAAUAUUUCUAUAAUUUUAUUAACUGGAAAAAAUAAUAUUGUUAAAAUGUAAAACACAGAACUGAUAUUGCUUGGAAUACUGGGUGUGGUUUUAUAUUAUUUUAUUAUAUGCACACAGUAUCGGUACUCUGUACACGUGUGUGGUUAGAUAUGUUUAUAUACUCCCUCAUUUCCUUACUGUGCCGAUGUUGUUCAGUGCAAUAAACCACUGGGUCACUGACAUUUACAUUGCAGCAGCCUCAGGUUAUCUUCUGAGAAACAGAAAACUCAAUGUCCGCACAGGUGUCUUCCAUUAUUUUUCCUUUGGUAUAUAGCAUUCCUUGCCUACCUAUAUUGUGUUUUAUUCUGUAUGAAACAAUUGGAAGAGAUGCAGUGUCCAGUGUAUUAUCAACCUCCUCAGCCAACCUAUUGUAGCUGUGUCGACUUUUUCCUGGUUCUGAUUUGUUUCCUAAAUCAUUUUGCAUAUUUAAAAGGGUCGAUCACCUUUAAGUUAACUUUUAGUAUGAUAUAGAAUGACCAAUUAUUAGCAACUUUUCAAUCUGUCUUUAGUUUUUAUUUUGUAUAGUAUAGUAAAUUAUUGGUUUUCGUCUGA